CCAAAAAUGUAUUCGAAAUAAAUGCUUUUGUUAGUAUUUCUCAUAACUGGGAGCUGGUCACAUUAUCAAAAAUAUUUUGUUAUUAAACGAAGAAUGAGAACUUGCUCCAAUUCAUAUCAAUUUUAAAGUUAACAAUAUGUCAGGAGAAGAUUGGAGGUGUCCCGCCUUUCGUGAAAAUAUCAUCUGCAAGCUUCACUUUUGGUCCCCGUAUAAGGGCCCAGAAAAAAUAAGCUGGGCCAAGGCGUUGGAAAAUCAUCUUUUUCGCCGUUCGAGAUCGUCGGAGGAAUACUUAAACCUCUUUUCAAAGGUCUUGGAUCACUACAAGUCCUUAGCCGGAAAGUCUGGAGGCUCGCUUCCAAAUACACAGUGCAUGGAGACUGAUCUUUUAGCUGCUUUAGAAAACAUGAACAUCGAGGGGACGGCAAACCCCAAUCCACAUAUGUUUUAAAAAUAUUUUUAAGAUCAUACUUAGAUUUUAAGGACUCCGCUGGCUAAACUCUUACAUUUAUAUCUAAUAAUGCAUUUCUUUAGGUAAAUUACAUGGAAAAAAAGAUUAUUUAGCCAGAACCAAGGACUUUAUAGCCUAGCAUUUAUAUGACAUAUUCCAUCUUAGCUUCCUAGCAACAGUAUUCCUUAUACAAUGCUUUGUAACUUUGUAAUUAUUAAUAUAUGUAUUUCAAUGGAGAAAAUCUACCUAAAAUCUAUCUAAAUUAUUAAAGGCAUUCCGCUCAAGAAUCGGAUGAAAGAUGUCGAAGUUAUGGCCUUCGCUCUAAGCCAUACUGCCCUUCUCAUGCAUUUUCAAAAAUUUGAAGUUUUGAAUGUUGUUUUUUUUAACAAUUUUUUGAGAAAAAAAAAUUGUAUUCAAUAAAGAAGGUUCCCCUUUUAGUUUCAUUUGCAAUCAAGGCAUCUCGGCAGUGAGCACAUAAAACUGAAAACAGUCUAUCAAAAUGAGAUUCGCAUUAUUCUUCUUGUUGUUGAUAGUAAUGGGAGUUGUCCUCAUUAUGUCUGGCAUCGUCCUAGCUAACGUGAUGACCGGAACGGGCGAACGGAUGGGCAUCAGCUGGUUUCUGUAUACCUCGAGUCCUUUUAUGUGGGCCGGCAUGGGAAUCGUGAUGGCGUGUUCCCUGUCUGUGGGUGGUGCCGCCGCCGGAAUUUACAUGACCGGAGCCAGUAUUGCAGGUGGCGGAGUUCGAUCGCCGCGCAUCAAGACGAAGAACCUUAUUUCAAUCAUCUUCUGUGAGGCGGUGGCUAUCUAUGGCCUGAUCACUGCCAUCCUGCUGUCAGGAUGUGUUGUGAAUUUCAACACUGUGCGGCUCAUUACCGACAGGAGGGUGAUGGAAACCAACAUGUUUACCGCUUUUGCGGUUUUUGGCGCUGGACUGACUGUUGGUCUAGUCAAUUUGGCAUGUGGCGUGGCCGUCGGUAUAGUUGGUUCUGGAGCUGCCCUCGCGGAUGCGGCCAACUCGGCCUUGUUUGUCAAGAUACUAAUUGUGGAGAUUUUUGGCUCGGCGAUCGGGCUCUUUGGGUUGAUUGUAAGCAUCUACAUGAUAUCCAAGGCGGAAAUGGUGACAUAAUAUUUUUACCAGAUUUAAAUAGAAAUUACAAUGCAUUUUCUAACAACUGUAAA